UAUUAUCAGCAGUUGCUUGCGAUUGGGAACUCAGUGUUGUGAAUUGUGUGAUAUCUGAAUUUGAGUUUGGUUAUCUGGGUUUUGCUUUAUGGAUGAUUUUGAGAAUUGGGGUAUUCUCAUUUUGUUGUGAAGUUUGGAUUUUUUUUUUGGAGCUUGCAAUCUUGCUGAUACCAAGUUAGUUGACUGGUUUGUUUUCCCAGGCCUGAGUUUUUGGAUCAUUUUUCUUUUGGGUUUAUGGCGGUUGCUGUUGUCGAUUCUUUGAUGUUUUCUUUGUGUUUUAGCUUAGGUUCUUUGAUAGACGUUUAAUGGCUUGAAUUUUGACAUCUUGUACUGUGGAAAGUGGAAACCUUGUAUAGAUAUGAUUUUCAAGAACAAUAGGAGAUUUGGGUGUUUAGAAUGUUCUAAAUCGGAUAUGGGAUUGUAGGGAUAUUGUAGAGAAAUAUGGCUUCAAUUGUAUCUUCUGUAAUUUCAUCAACUUCUGGUGAUAUACCUCCACAACCAGCACCUCCUAGCUCUUCCUCCCCUGAUUCAUCAAGCACUUCUCCAUCCCCUGCAUCAUCUCAGCCAAGUCAACCUACCGAUCCGCCAACAUCGUCUCCACCGCCUCAAUCACCUCCUCCAGAUGUCCCUACAGCUCCUCCUCCAUCGCCGCCUUUAUCACCACCACCAGCUUCAUCUCUACCUCCAUCACUGCCAGCAUCUCCUCCGCCUGCUGAUGAUUCACCACCCUCUCCAGUUUUAUCUCCACCUCCAGUGCAAUCAGGUGGCUCUCCUCCUCCACCAGCUGAACCGGCACCUCCAGUUGCAGCUUCACCUCCGCUGCAUAUAAUCUUACCUUCCCCACCUCCUCCGGCUAAUGUUCCAACUCCGCCUUCCCCAAAAUCUCCACCUUCACUUCCACCUCAGAUAGUUUUUAGUUCACCGCCUCCUCCAGCUUCUGUUCCAACGCCACCUUCCUCAAAGUCUCCACGUUCACCACCAGCAACACUACCGAGGAUAAUUUUUAGUUCCCCGCCUCCUCCAGCUAAUGUUCCAACGCCACCUUCCUCAAAAUCUCCACCUUCACCUCCAGCAACACCACCAACUGAAAGUUCUUCCUCACCUCUUACACUUACACCUCCACCAUCUAAUUCUUCUCCUCCACCUCCCACAGCUUCUCCCUCAACACCCACAUUAUCGUCCCCGCCGCCUUCAGUUCCCUCAACCUCCUCACCACCUACAGUUUCAUCCCCAGCAACUCCAAGUACUCCGAAAACAACCUUAAGUCCUAGUUCACCACUUUUGCCCACAGUUCCAACAGAAAAAACAACUGCAAACUCAACUAAUGGUGUAUCAGCCAAUGCAACAUCCGCUGGUAAGAAUGGUUUAAGCACUGGAGGGGCUGUGGGAAUAGGCAUUUUUGUUGGGUUUAUUGUGCUCAGUCUUCUUGCAAUGGCUGCUUGGUUUGUUCAGAAAAGAAAGAGGAAGAGGUCUGGACCAAAAACAGGGUACACUGUGCCUUCUCCAUUUCCUUCAUCUCAUAAUUCAGAUGCAGCACUUUUAAGGCCAUGGUCUGCACAGCAACUAAUGGGAAGUGGUUUUAAUUCACCACCAGAGCCUGGUGGGGUCAAUAAUUCCCGGUCAUGGUUCACAUACGAAGAGCUAAUCGAGGCAACGAGUGGCUUUUCCGAACAUAAUCUUUUGGGUGAAGGUGGAUUUGGUUGUGUAUACAAAGGUAUGCUCGUUGAUGGCAGAGAAGUGGCUGUCAAGCAGCUAAAGAUUGGUGGUGGACAAGGGGAAAGAGAGUUCAGAGCAGAAGUUGAUAUUAUUAGCCGAGUACAUCAUCGCCAUUUGGUUUCAUUGGUGGGGUAUUGUAUAUCAGAGAAUCAAAGAUUGCUUGUCUAUGAUUAUGUCCCGAACAACACCCUUCAUUACCAUCUCCAUGGUAGAGGCUGGCCAGUUAUGGAUUGGGAAGUACGAGUCAAGGUUGCUGCGGGUUCAGCACGGGGGAUAGCUUACCUCCAUGAAGACUGCCAUCCUCGCAUCAUUCACAGGGAUAUCAAGUCAUCAAACAUUCUUCUUCACAACAAUUUCGACGCUCAGGUUUCGGAUUUUGGACUUGCAAAGUUGGCAUUGGAUUCAAAUACUCAUGUAACCACUCGAGUGAUGGGAACCUUUGGAUAUAUGGCUCCAGAGUAUGCAACAAGUGGCAAGUUAACCGAAAAAUCCGAUGUUUACUCCUUUGGUGUUGUGCUCUUGGAGCUAAUUACUGGGCGCAAGCCUGUUGAUGAUACUCAGCCCCUAGGCGAUGAGAGCCUGGUUGAAUGGGCUCGACCAUUGCUCGCUGAAGCAAUCGAACAUGAAGUCUUCGAAGAGUUGGUGGAUCCAAGACUGGGAAACAACUAUGUUAAACAUGAGAUGUUUCGAAUGGUUGAGGCAGCUGCUGCUUGUGUGCGGCAUUCAGCUGCUAGAAGGCCAAGAAUGAGCCAGGUAGUGAGAGCUCUAGACUCAUUGGACGAGUCAUCAGAUAUCACAAACGGAAUGAGACCUGGCCAAAGUGAAGUUUUCGAUUCGGCACAACAAUCUGCAGAAAUCAGGUUGUUUCAGAGGUUAGCAUUUGGCAGUGAAGACUAUAGUUCUAGUUACUUCAAUCACACUCAAAGCAGUUGGAGAAGUCAAUAAUAUGGUAGUCAGGGUAGUUGGAAGAGUCGAGAGCAUGAAAAUCCGAGUGGCCGGAGUCAAGAGCAUAGGGACCUUAGCGCUUUAAACCCGUAGCCUGAAAAUCCUAGCAGUGAGUUCAAUGGUAUCGGAACACAGUAUUGAGAAUUCAGAUGGCAUCAAAGUUUUAAAGGGAAUAAUGGGUUUGGCUUUGGAUGAGACUUGAAGACUGAGAAACAUCAUGGAAUGGUUUUGCUGCUCAGAUGUGUAAUAUUUGAUCAUUCUUUUUUAAUCAUUCCUUUCAUUUUUGUAUCUAUUAAUUGAAUUAAAUUUUAUAUUUGGUAUUUUUG